AUGGGCACCGAGCGAUAUUUCAUCGAGAAGCGAUAUUCGCCAUUACAUUAUUUAUCGAACAGCAAGUAUAUUAGCCUAGGGCUGCUGUAUCUCGAUACAGAAGGCCAUGAACAGCUGUUGAGGUACGGCGGGGGCGGGAACAAUCUGCUAAACGAAUUAGGCGGAGCUCUCAGGCUCUCAGAAUGUUCUUCACGUCCCGAGCGAGCAUCGUCGCAUAUAAAUGCGGCGCCUGAACAGCCGCAUAUCGGCGCACGUUGCGGCUAUGCCAUGCUCGGAUCCAGGAACUGGUUCUCGUUGCGGCUGUUGCGUAAUGGCGGUCGUUAG